GGAAGCGGAGCGCCGGCCCGGAGGGCGGGAGGAGGCGCGGCCAGGGCGGGCGGCCGAGGCGCGGCGAGGCGGGGAGCGGGACGAGCAGCGGCCGAGGGAGCGCGGGGCGCACCGAGCGAGGGAGGCGGGGAAGCCCCGCCGCCGCGGCCGCCGCGCCCGCCCCUUCCCCCGCCGCCCGCCCCCUCUCCCCCCGCCCGCUCGCCCGCCGCCUUCCUCCCUCUGCCUUCCUUCCCCACGGCCGGCCGCCUCCUCGCCCGCCCGCCCGCAGCCCAGGAGCCGAGGCCGCCGCGGCGGCGGCGGCGCCCUCAGCCAUGGCCUCGGGCGACACCCUCUACAUCGCCACGGACGGCUCGGAGAUGCCGGCCGAGAUCGUGGAGCUGCACGAGAUUGAGGUGGAGACCAUCCCGGUGGAGACGAUCGAGACCACGGUGGUGGGCGAGGAGGAGGAGGACGACGACGACGAGGAGGACGGCGGCGGCGGCGACCACGGCGGCGGGGGCGGCCACGGGCACGCCGGCCACCACCACCACCACCACCACCACCACCACCCGCCCAUGAUUGCGCUGCAGCCGCUGGUGACCGACGACCCGACCCAGGUGCACCACCACCAGGAGGUGAUCCUGGUGCAGACGCGCGAGGAGGUGGUGGGCGGCGACGACUCGGACGGGCUGCGCGCCGAGGACGGCUUCGAGGACCAGAUCCUCAUCCCGGUGCCCGCGCCGGCCGGCGGCGACGACGACUACAUCGAGCAGACGCUGGUCACCGUGGCGGCGGCCGGCAAGAGCGGCGGCGGCGGCUCGUCGUCGUCGGGCGGCGGCCGCGUCAAGAAGGGCGGCGGCAAGAAGAGCGGCAAGAAGAGUUACCUGGGCGGCGGGGCCGGCGCGGCGGGCGGCGGCGGCGCCGACCCGGGCAACAAGAAGUGGGAGCAGAAGCAGGUGCAGAUCAAGACCCUGGAGGGCGAGUUCUCGGUCACCAUGUGGUCCUCAGAUGAAAAAAAAGAUAUUGACCAUGAGACGGUGGUUGAAGAACAGAUCAUUGGAGAGAACUCGCCUCCUGAUUAUUCAGAGUAUAUGACAGGAAAGAAACUCCCUCCUGGAGGAAUCCCUGGCAUUGACCUCUCAGAUCCAAAACAGCUGGCAGAAUUUGCUAGAAUGAAGCCAAGAAAAAUUAAAGAAGAUGAUGCUCCAAGAACAAUAGCUUGCCCUCAUAAAGGCUGCACAAAGAUGUUCAGGGAUAACUCUGCUAUGAGAAAACAUCUGCACACCCACGGCCCCAGAGUCCACGUCUGUGCAGAAUGUGGCAAAGCUUUUGUUGAGAGCUCAAAACUAAAACGACACCAACUGGUUCAUACUGGAGAGAAGCCCUUUCAGUGCACAUUCGAAGGCUGCGGGAAACGCUUUUCACUGGACUUCAAUUUGCGCACACAUGUGCGAAUCCACACCGGAGACAGGCCCUAUGUGUGCCCCUUCGAUGGUUGUAAUAAGAAGUUUGCUCAGUCAACCAACCUGAAAUCUCACAUCUUAACACAUGCUAAGGCCAAAAACAACCAGUGAAAAGAAGAGAGAAGACCCUUCUCGACCGUGGGAAGCAUCUUCCAGGAGUGUGAUUGGGAAUAAAUAUGCCUCUCCUUUGUAUAUUAUUUCUAGGAAGAAUUUUAAAAAAUGAAUCCUACACACCUAAGGGACAUGUUUUGAUAAAGUAGUAAAAAUUAAAAAAAAAAACUUUAAUAAGAUGACAUUGCUAAGAUGCUCUAUCUUGCUCUGUAAUCUCGUUUCAAAAACACGGUGUUUUUGUAAAGUGUGGUCCCAGCAGGAGGACAAUUCAUGAACUUCGCAUCAAAAGACAAUUCUUUAUACAACAGUGCUAAAAAUGGGACUUCUUUUCACAUUCUUAUAAAUACGAAGCUCACCUGUUGCUUACAAUUUUUUUAAUUUUGUAUUUUCCAAGUGUGCAUAUUGUACACUUUUUGGGGAUAUGCUUAGUAAUGCUAUGUGUGAUUUUUUCUGGAGGUUGAUAACUUUGCUUGCAGUAGAUUUUCUUUAAAAGAAUGGGCAGUUACAUGCAUACUUCAAAAGUAUUUUCCUGUACAAAAAAAAAGUUAUAUAGGUUUUGUUUGCUAUCUUAAUUUUGGUUGUAUUCUUUGAUGUUAACACAUUUUGUAUAAUUGUAUCGUAUAGCUGUAUUGAAUCAUGUAGUAUCAAAUAUUAGAUGUGAUUUAAUAGUGUUAAUCAAUUUAAACCCAUUUUAGUCACUUUUUUUUUCCAAAAAAAAAAAAAAAAUACUGCCAGAUGCUGAUGUUCAGUGUAAUUUCUUUGCCUGUUCA